AUGGCCACAAACGAAGAAAUUGUCAGCAUUGCCACCAACUUCUUAUUGAGCGCACCACCAGGUGAAUUCAACGAAAUCGUAUCAGAUGUUCGUACUUUACUCAGCCCAAAUGAAAAUAUUUUAAAUUCAUCUGCUGCUGAUACUUUCAGAGAAUAUAACACUGAACAAAUGAUUGCUGUCGCUUCACCAAAAGGACACAAGGUUUUACUCACCAAGAGAGGUGAAAUCAGUCACAACGAAUAUUUGGAUCCAAAGGGUAAAGUUGUCAUUACCUACGAUCAUAUUAAACAAACAGUAACUGGUUCACGUCCAGUUUCAGGUGAAAUGGAUUCCGAUGUAGAAUCAUACAGAGCUGCUUUCGAAGAGGAGGCAUUCAAAUAUUGCAAUGAAUUCUACCCAACAGGUACUGUCACUGUCUACGGUUCAAAGGUAUCGGAAGGACAUCAAAUCACUGUCUGUUUGUCAUCCUCCAAACUCAAUCCAAACAACUUUUGGAAUGGUAGAUGGAGAUCAACUUGGACCUGUACCUUCAAGCCAAACAGCGGUAACGUCACACUCAAUGGAAAGUUACAAAUCAACGUUCACUACUAUGAAGAUGGUAACGUUCAAUUAAACACCACAACCAACAAAUCAACCACUGCUCCAUCUUCUGAUGCCAAUACUACUGCAUCAAAUGUAUUCAAGGCAAUUGGUAGAACUGAACUCAAUGUACACUCCUCAUUGGAUACCAGCUAUUCAACAAUGGGUGAUACCACCUUCAAGGCUUUGAGACGUGCUUUACCAAUCACCAAGUUAAAGAUCAACUGGAACAAGAUCAAGGGUCACAGAAUCGGUGCCGAACUUUCACAAAAAUUAGCAAAUGGAUAUAGUCAAAUAUUAUUUGGAUCUCAAUUGGAUAGGUUGGCACCGAAAUUCAAAAUCGAUGGAAAUUGCCCAACUGUUGUUUAUAGGUGUAUGGAGCAACUACAGUUUGUGGUGAGUAAUGGUAGAGUUCAAUCACUUUUGAACUCCUACGAUCCGUCGAGUUUCGAAGACCAUAGAGUCACUCAAAUCGAUCGUCUCAUUACACAAUUUUCAAAUUGUCAGCAACCAGAGUCAACCAAAGAGUUUUUGGUUUCAGUGGAAUCGGAAAUCGUUUAUCUCUUGCUACGAACCUAUCUAGCAAAUAUACCGGUACCACUGUUACAACCAGCUAGUGAAGAUCUAUCAUUUACCAAUGCACGACCAAUGCCAAUGUUGUUGGCAAUGCAACAGUCACUUUCACCAACACAUAUCGCCAUAUUAAAUGCAGUUUUGAGAAUUAUGAAUAUAUGGGCAACAGAUGAAUCAACACUCCAACGAAUAGUGAAUAGGAACAGUCAAUUCUUUUUCGCAAAAGAAACACCAAUGUCAACAAAAAUAUUACGUUCAAUGAUUAUUGAACAUGGCCGUUUGUUUAGAGUGAAUACUCCAACUCUUCCAUCUCUAUUGACCUCUGAAGAGGUUGUAUUUGGUCCUAUUGAAUAUGUGAAAUAUCAAUUGUUGGAUUCGACUGGUUCGAAUAGCGAUGAACCGACUAUGCAUCCUCUGCUGGGAUGUGUAAAGCUAUGGGUUACAAACUAUCGAAUUUUAUAUAGAUCAUGGGAUCGUGAACCAUUGGAUUCCGCAGAGCUGGAUGGUAUAGAGUUGACUUCAAUCAUGCCAACCAAAUCAUUGUUUGCAUUCUCACAGGAUUCCUCUUCAGCGAUUGAAAAUCAAAUUCUUGCAAUCGGUAAGAAUAGAAAUGGAUUUUCAAAUCAACCUGUUGUUUCACUGAGUAGCAGUGGAAAUGCAAUUUCAAGUUCGCCUACAAACAACUCAAUUAGUAAUAAUAUUUCUAAAAUCACAAAUAUUGGCAUGGAAUAUCAGAGAAUGAAUUUAAAUUUACAUUGGAGAAUCUCAUUGAUGAAUGCACGUUUCGAUAUCUGUCCUACAUACUCAUCGGCAAUCGUGCUUCCUGCUAGCAUCAAUGAUAAUAGUCUUCGUGACAUUUCCAACUAUCGUGUCAAUCGACGUUUUCCAGCGGUUACAUGGUGUAGUUUAGUGCCAAUGAGUGGAUACCAUGUUUUUGUAGCGAUUUCACAACAGCCAUCAGUCGAUAUCCAAGAUGAAUCGGAUCUCUUAUUGAUGUUAGAGCUCUAUAAGAUUCAUAAUUACAACCGUUCCAACAAUACACCACUGAAUAUCUUUGAAACUGGAUUCCCACCGAAACGAUUGACCUACGAAACUCAUUAUCAACAAUGUAAAUUCAUCUAUCUUGGAAUGGAUGAUGGCGAGCGAAUUAGAACUAGUUUUACAAAGCUAUUGGAGCUAUGCACAUCGAGUGUACCAACUGAGCGAAAUAAGCAGCUUUGGCGUAAUUCUCUUGCUGGCACCGAGUGGCUAUCUAUUAUUACCAACACCAUGAGAAUUGUUACUCGUGUCACAGAGUAUUACACCAGUGGGCAAUCGGGUGUCAUUCAAAGUUCGGGACAUGACUGUGAAGAGAUACUAAUUUCAUCACUUGUCCAGUUGAUUCUCGACCCUUUCUAUCGUACACUAAUGGGUGUUCAAAUUCUCAUUCAAAAAGAGUGGAUCGAAUUUGGAUUACCAGAGUUUGGUCAUUCACCCCAACGAACUUCUCAAGUCAGUCUGGGACCUCUAUUAUUUGUUAUUUUCUGUGAUUGCAUUGUUCAACUACUCCUCCAAUUCCCAACCGACUUUGAAUUUAACCAAUCGUUUGUAAAUUUCAUUUGUUCUCAGUCGUUCACCGGUCGUUUCGGUACGUUCUUGGCCAAGAGUCACAAAGAAGCAGUUCAACUCAACCUCCUAAAAGCAACACAAUCGAUAUGGGCUGGCGUUGCCACAUCGUCGGAGCGAUUCAUCAACCCCUAUUAUAAAGCAUAUUCACUCUCGGCUUUACCAAUCAGACAAUUCAAUCUCAACAAUAUUUCUCUAUGGAAUUUAAAAACAGUUGCAGUACAACAACAACAAAAUACAACAAAUAAUAAUAAUCAACAACUCAAUACAGCAUCACCAAGAUCAUUUGAUUUGAAUCUUUCAUUUAUGGGUUUAUUUGAUUUAACAAAUUCAUUCUUACAACCAAAUAUCACCCAUGUAAGCAAACAAAUCAAUUCAAUCAAUAUUUCAGAGAAUUUCUUAGCAUCAAUACCAAAUUCUAUUUUAAGAUUUGAGAAUUUAAAAGAAUUUAUUAUUGAUAAUAAUUUAAUACAUGGAAUUCCAUCAACUUUUUGGAUGUUAUUAAAUGAAAAGAUAAAAGGAUUGGAACAUUUAAGUAUUGGCCAUAACUUUUUAACCAACAUUCCAAGAGAGAUUGGAUUAUUCAUUACAUUGCGUAGAUUAAAUCUAAUGGCAAAUGAAAUCACAGAGAUAUCACCUCAUAUUUCAAAGUUGAGCCAGCUAUCAUAUUUGAAUCUAAGUCGUAAUGCUUUAGAUUCAUUUGGUGUAGAGUUGGUGAAUCUACACUCUCUGACAGAGCUCGAUUUCUCUUGUAACAGAAUCAAAUCAUUGCCAGGUUUGAUUUCAGAGCUAAUACAUCUCAAAUCGCUCAAUUUGAAAGAGAACCAGAUUCAAAAGAUACCAAAUUCACUAUCGUCUCUAGUUCAACUUCAAUAUUUGAAUAUAUCAAACAAUCAAAUUCAAUCGAUUGAUUCUAUUGUUGUUAUUACAUCGCUCGAAGAGUUUAUUGCCGACAACAAUCGUAUCACUGAAAUACCAUUGACAAUAUCUAGAAUGACACAGUUAAAGUCGCUUUCCCUCCAAUAUAACCAAAUCAAAGAGCUACCAGACGAGCUUACACAGCUAAAAAAGUUGAUAUGUCUUAGACUUGCACACAACAAUAUUGGUUGGCUUCCACCUACUAUCAGCUCACUAGAGUCACUGGAAACAUUCCUGAUUCCACACAAUCAACUUGAGAAUCUACCACAGUCACUCGCCAUGAUGAAUACUAUCACCAACUUGGAUAUCGAGGGUAACAAGCUGAAGAGUAUGUCUGGAAGGCUAUUGGAUCAAUCCGGAGGUGGUAGUGGUAGUGGUGGUGGAAGUACAGCAAAUAGUGCACAAUCUGUUGCCGAUGUAACAACGAUUCUCUCACAGAUGAAAGAGUAUAUCGAGAGUAUACAACCGUGUUUGCGUGCCAAAAUGAUAUUCCUUGGUUCCAAUCGAGGUGGUCGUUCAUCUUUGUGCUUCCAAUUGUUCUACCAGCGUAAAGCAACAAAGGUAGUGGCAGACCUCAACAAGCUUGCAGUGGACAUCGAUCAGAUACCAAUCUAUGUAAAUUCACCACCGUUUGCCAAGUUUGAAACGGUUGAUGGCACUGCAACAAUGGUAGAUCUCAGAGUAUGGGAGUUUUCUGGCAAUCGAUGUUUCUGGCCAAUACAAUCACACUUUUUCACAGAGAAGACAAUCUAUGUCAUUCAAUUCAACUUUAUCAACGAUAUUAACGUUGACAAUGAAGUGCUAGACUAUUGGUUAGAUAUUGUUUCACACCGAUAUUCAAACUGUAAGAUAUUUGCAAUCGGUAUAAUUCCGGAAACCAAUCAAAACGAACAAAACUAUCAUCAAUGGUUACAUAGUUGGAAACAACUAAAUAAGAAUAAAUAUACAGAUUAUCUUGAUACUUUAAAAGAUAAAUUGGUAAAUAGUUUACCAAGUGCUACUAUGGUUAAUGAGAUGAUACCAUCACCUUUUGUUUUGCUAGAAAAGUAUUUGAUCGAGAGAAAGUAUUCACGUCCUUUGAUGACAAUGGAUGAUAUCGUAGAGAUGGCAGCUAUCUAUAACAUCAGAGGAAGAUCAAAGAUUGGAAUGCUUCUAAAGUACUUGGAAAACACUGGUUCCAUUUUGAACUUUGCAAAUACACCGGACACUCAGUUGUCAGACCUCUUCAUAACCAAUACACAAUGGUUAUUACAUUCGUUUUCAUCAUUGGUAUUACAAGCAUUGCCAACACACGGGUUGCUUAAGAUAUCAGAACUACCGCCGUUGCCUCUAGCUGGAAACAGUUUAAAUAGUAGUGGAAGCAGUGGUACGAUCGUAGGUGGAUUGAGUAUUCGCGAAUUCCUCAACCUAGCGUAUCGAUUCAAUUUAAUAUCAUUUGUAAAGUCAAUCGAGAAUGCUUGUCCUAUUCCUCAGCCUUCUGGUGUUACUCAUCAAGUUAUGAAUGAUUAUCAGACUAUACUUGUAAACAACUGUAACAUAUCAACAGAUACAACAACAUUGUCAUCACCAUCUAUACCGUCAUCUGGAACAGAGUUUAGUGAAUGGUUAUCACUACAUUCCAAUCGCUAUGAUAAUGACUUUACAAAGAUACAACGUGUAUUCAAAUUCUCAGCGACACUUCCAACAGUUGUCUAUUCAAUAAUCUCACAAAGAAUAGCACAGUUUGCAAAGAUGAAUCAAGAGUAUCCAACCAAGUUGACUACUUACACAUCGAUUCAAGACUACAACCAAUCACCUAAUCACACACCAAUAGAGUCUGUUCGUUUGAUGUUUGAACAGUCAUCAGAUUCCACACUAAACAUCACAGUGGUUGGCCCGCUUAAUAGGUUCUACGUCAUACAAGAUCUACUAUACAAAGCGAUAAGAGUGAUCGAAUCACAGUUAAAGUAUCGAUUCCAAUUGAAUAGAUACCAGAUUCUUGUACCUUGUCCACACUGCACAAUGAAAGACAACUACAGUUACUACAACCUCGAACAAUUGGAACUAGCAUUUGUCAAUGGUUUGAAAGAUGCAAUCUGUCCGAAUGAUCAUACAACACUGGUUCCUAUCACCGAUAUUUCUUCGGAUAUUGCACUUACACAUUGCACUAUCAACAAGAUAAUGGAUCACUCUUCUAUUAUCUAUGAUAAUGAGCUUGCAAGAGGUGGUUUCGGUAUUGUCUAUAAAGGUCGUUACAACAACAAAGUAGUUGCAAUCAAACGAUUGAUCAAUAUGGAUAUCAACAGUAAUAACAACAGCAAUGGAAGUGGUAGCUACACAACCAAUAGUAGUAGUUCACUAGAUGCUUUGUUGACAUCUUCAGCUACAACCUCUAGUAGUACAACCGUUGAAUACGAUCAACUAAGACCAGAAGAUAAUAUGGAUGUAAUACUUUGCUUCCGUGACUUUAGAAGAGAGUUGUACACAUUCGAGUAUCUUGCCAAUUGUAACCGUACUUUGAAAGUAGUUGGAUUGGUACUAUCCCCUCUCUGUCUAGUAACGGAAUUCAUUCACCAUGGUGAUCUUGAACAAUUCAUUCAAAAGAACAGACCACUCUCUUACCCACUCUCUUUGAGAAUCGCUCUUGACAUUGCACAUGGAGUCAACGAGUUACAUCUCCAAUCACCACCGCUACAUCACAACGACCUUAAACCACCCAAUCUUUUAUUGAAAUACAGUCUUUCAAAUAUAUUAGAGAAUAGCUAUAGUAGUAAAGAUCAUAAAGAUAUAAAAGAGUACAACAAAAAGAUAAUGAGUGAAUUAAUGGAGAACACUGACUCAUUGGUAUCGAUUGCAGACUUGGGUACUGUUAGAGAUACUUAUAGUUCACGUUUAGAUGGAAGAUUGGUAGAUAAUCCUAUCUAUUUGGCACCAGAGAUCAUGAGAAAUCAAUGGUUCUACAAUCAAUCGGUCGAUGUCUAUAGUUUCGGUGUUAUUUUAUUCGAGAUGAUAUCGACCGUUGGUUUCUUCUCGGGAGAAUCAUUCUUUGGCAAUGUCGAACAAAGUGUCUGCAAGGGAUCAAGACCAGCUAUACCAACAACAUGCAACCCAUCGUACAAACGACUGAUCAACCAAUGUUGGCAACAAGAUCAUACGCAACGACCCACAUUCCAACAAAUCAUUGAUUCUCUUCAAGAGAUGGUUAACAUGGUUUUGUUAUCUUCCAAUUCAUUUACAUCAUUAUCAAUCUCAAAUGAUUUAAAUACAUUUGAUUUAAAUGAUAAUAAUAACAGUAAUAAUAAUAAUAAUAAUAGUAGUCUAAACAAUCAAAGUAUUAAUGGUAAUAAUCAAAAUUUAAAUAAUAGUUUCAAUAAUGAAUCACAACAACAACAACAACAACAACUUUGGAAAGGAGCUGCUAAAAUCAACACAAAGUUAAGAAUAUCACCAUAUCUAAAGAGUCAUGCUGAAAAUUAA